UCUCUUUGUUUCCUCCUCUAAAGCCGAUAGCUCUCAUCGCAAUUGCCGCCUCUCACCGCCGUAUAAUCCGUCGUAAAUAUCUCCCGGGAAAUAAACAAUAUGUCCGUCGCCCUCCCUCCUUCCCCCAGGGAAGACGAGCCAUUUAUAGAUACCAGAAAUGGUGCUGGAAAUGAAGGCAUUUCAGCAAUGGAGAUGGAAGAAGGGACGAGUACUUCGACGAGUUCGAGGAAGGAGAACAUCAGAUUGAAAUGUUUCGGCGUUGAUAUGUCGCCAGACAAUGUCGCAAUUGCUAUGGUGUAUUUCGUUCAAGGCGUUUUAGGCCUUGCAAGGCUUGCCGUUAGCUUUUACUUGAAAGAUAAUUUGCAUCUUGAUCCUGCUGAAACAGCUGUGAUAACUGGUUUUUCUGCACUACCGUGGCUUGUUAAGCCACUUUAUGGGUUUAUUAGUGAUUCCAUCCCACUAUUUGGCUACCGGAGAAGGUCAUACUUGGUUCUUUCGGGACUUCUUGGUGCUGUUUCAUGGAGUCUGAUGGCCACCUUUGUUGACAGCAAGUAUAGUGCUGCAUGCUGCAUACUUCUUUCUUCUUUUUCUGUUGCCUUCUCUGAUGUUGUUGUAGAUUCCAUGGUUGUGGAGAGGUCACGUGGGGAGUCACAAAGUGUGUCAGGUUCUCUUCAGUCUCUAUGCUGGGGUUCUGCAGCUUUUGGUGGAAUUGUGAGUUCCUAUUUUAGUGGCUCUCUGGUGGAUGCUUAUGGUGUAAGGUUUGUUUUUGGUGUCACUGCAUUAUUACCACUGAUAACAUCUGUUGUUGCUGUUCUUGUAAAAGAACAGUGUGUGCUUGGCCCAUCAAGGGUGCCAAAUGUUCUUUUGGGAAACUCUAGCUUUCUUGAAAGCACAAAAGAGAGAAUUAUUCAGUUGUGGAAUGCAUUCAGACAACCCCACGUGUUUCUUCCCACAGUUUUUAUUUUCUUGUGGCAGUCAACACCACAGUCGGACUCCGCCAUGUUUUUCUUCACCACAAAUAAACUUGGCUUCACCCCAGAGUUUCUAGGACGUGUCAACCUUGUUACUUCGGUUGCAUCGCUGGUUGGUGUUGGACUGUACAAUGGAUUCUUAAAAAAUGUUCCAUUGCGGAAGAUUUUUCUUGCCACAACAAUUUCUGGUUCACUUAUUGGAAUGACUCAGGUCUUUCUUGUCACUGGAUUGAACCGGAAGUUUGGAAUGAGUGAUGAAUGGUUUGCAAUUGGGGAUUCCUUGAUUCUUACUGUUCUUGGUCAGGCUUCUUUCAUGCCAGUUCUCGUACUUGCAGCGAAACUAUGUCCGGAAGGAAUGGAAGCAACACUUUUUGCAACCCUGAUGUCCGUAUCGAAUGGAGGCAACGUCCUCGGGGGUCUGAUAGGAGCCGGCCUGACCAAGGCAUUCGGCAUAACAAGGGAUAGAUUCGAUAACUUAGCCACCUUGAUAAUCCUCUGCAACCUCACUUCAUUGUUGCCGUUACCACUACUUCGCCUUCUUCCACCAGAUGAUUCCGACGCUGAUCCUCAGGUUGGCAGAGAAAAAGGGGAAGAUAUCUGUAAAUAUCAUGGAACGGUUACGACUACUAACGACUCAUGAAGGUCUUCAGUUCAAUUUCGGGUAAUUUCAUCAA